ACUCGCAGUGGCGUGCUUUGGCCGGCACGCCCGUGUUCGUCUCCCGCGGGUCCCGUCCCACCCGCGAACCGCGAGCCGCGGACCACGACUCGCGAACCGCGAACGAACCAAGACCCGCGAACCAAGAUCCGCGACCCGCGAGAAAGGACAGACCGAUUCCACGAUUCUACAGUGCAGUGGCAAACGGAUGGCGAGUGGUGCCGCCGAGCUAAAUGGUGCCGCACUGUUGUGACUGCAGCGACGACGCGCGGUUGCAGCAUGCCGCGCUGGACGCGCCGCGGCGAGUGUCACGAGCUUCUCCAGCUCCGAGGGAAUGGAUCGUGACACCCAGCCAGGGCCGAGGAAUCGCCACCUAGCCAGACUAGGAGCUUGACGGGACAGGAUGCUCCCCAGCUGGUUCGCCCUGGCGGGGUUGUUCGCUGUGGUUGGCCCGGUCCACGUUGCCGGCAGGGGCUGCUUCCCUGUCCUGCUCCUGGCGGCUGUGCACCUGUCCCAAGAGGAAUGCCAGACCCGAUCCAUCUACUGCUACGAAUGUGACUCCUGGAAGGACGCGCGGUGCAAGGACCCCUUCAACUACACUGCGCUGCCCCGCGACCAGCCGCCACUGCAAACAUGCAACGGAUGCUGCGUCAAGAUGGUCCGAAACGCACGGAGCCCUUACGAGACGGUGCGAAGGACCUGUACAUCACAGUUGCAAAUUAACCUAUUCAUGGUGGACCACGUUUGUAUGAUGGAAAGUAGUGGCACUGGCCAUAUGUGUUUCUGUGAAGAGGACAUGUGCAAUCCCGCGACCCCUAGUUCCCGGCCUGCGCGCUUCGCCGUGCUGCUUGCGUCCGUCCUUCCCGCCCUCCUCGCGUGGCAGUGCGUGGCCUAGGGCCGCCUAGGGCCUCGUGUUGUUGUUCGUGUUGUUGUUUCGACUGGGGGACGCGCGUCGCAAUCGGGGACCCCGGCACCCACUCCAAAACUACUUGUCGACUUUGUUCCUUCCAAAGUGAGGCCGUUUUUGGCGGCAGCGCUCCGCCAGUUCGAUGGAGACUGCGGGUUCCCCGGUCGCGACUUGCAUGUCCGUCAGUCCGCCCGCCCCCCGGCCGGGUCCUGGAGGUCCUGGAGGUCCUGGGCGUCCCGGACGCGGGCCGGCCGAGGACCGCUUGCUGGCUCUCGCGCGCCGCGGACACACCCAGGACGCCUUCGCCGCGAACCUCGCCGGCCUCGCCGGGCACAGCCUGACUGGCCCGUCGAAGCCGAAGGGAAGUGCCGGGACGCUCCCCGCCACCUCCCGGAGAUGACACCCGCGACCGGGGCGUCCUGCGAGUGUCCCGGAGAGAGAGAGAGAGGGAGAGACAGCCAGGCGCCAGCGGGGUGAAGGCUUGGUGUCGUUUUGAAUGGAAAAUGUAGAGACGAUUUUUUAGUAUUAAGUGCAAGAGCUGUGAUAUGUAGAUGGUGGCAAACAGUAAUUGAAGAUUUUUUUUCGUAAACCAGCCCGGGUUUUAUGCCCCUUCCAGACUUAAGCCGUAGCCAGUAUCGACAAUUCUUACAAUUUUCCUGAGAGAUCAUUCGGUCUCAAAUGGAACGGCAUGAUACCAAUGCAGCCUCGACGCCAAGGCUACUAAGGGAGGAGUAUUUGAUUUCGGUCAUCCUUGUUCCACAGAACAAAGGAAGGACAGGCGAAAUCCUGUACCACUCUCAAAGUGCUCGUUGGGCAUGGACAUGCUGACGGCGAAAAUGCAAGUCUUCCUGCAAGUAGCGGUGCCGCCUCCACUGAGAGACAUGUAGAUCCAUUGCAAAGAGCGCCUUCCUAGGAGCCAAUUGUUUCUAUUAAUUCUGUAGAUUUUAACCAAAAUUUUAGCGCAUAUGUAGUUUUUAAAUACUGCUUGUAUUUUGUCAGCCGUACCGUAAUUCGGCGGAAAGUAGGAAAUGAUUCUGUAAAAUAUCAUCUGCCACAGUAAAUUCUCGGCAAUAAUAUUGAUACUUAAAAGAAAUUAUGGGGUACUUCAGUUGAGAGUUCAACGAAAGAUCAUGUAAGAAAUAACUUGUAAUGAGCAUUUCCUCAUUUUGACCGCCAAAGUGAUAGAUGUCGCACAGUUGCUAGUUAUAGAGGAAAGAGAACUAUUUCCUCACAUUUCAUUAGUGCUAGCAAUUUAGAAAAAUUGAAUUCAAUCGUACUAGUAGAACAAAAGGCAAUAAUGCGGUGUAUGAGAGAAUGUGAUAAAGUGUCACAGUAACUCAUGCACUGUAUUUUUUGCCUUAUUUGGUCACAAUUCAUGUAGUACCGCAGAAGCAUAAUGUCUCUCAGUAAGCAGAGAAAAAGUUGACUUGUUCCUGACCAUACCAUACCUUGUACUCCUCUUAUCUGAGAGAAACCGUCUGCUCAAAAGAAAACAAAAGUUUCAGCCAAUUGCAAACCACAAUCUCAGCAGUAUACAUAUCAAUAAAAGUGAGGCAAUACCCUUCAAGCUCAUCUAUUUUUCUUACAUGAUACUAUACUUGACGGUUUCUGAAGAAAGAUGUACUGCUGGUCUGAGAACAAGCAACUGGUUUGUCUUUGUGAGAAAAGUAACGAGUAACCUUUAAUGAUGAGGGCAACUAUUGCUAUCUGUUGGAGCUACUUACAAAUUCAAAGCACAUCCAUUUACUGUUACUAUUCAGAAAAAGUCAUUAAAUUUUUCACAUUUUACUUAAAUUGUUGGUUUGAUAUCUUAACAUAUACUGCUAAAAUUUACUUGUUAAUUUCCUUCUUUGAAAAGAAAAAUGAUGGUUGUUCCAGAUUUUAACAGAGUCACUGAUUUAAAAUUAGGGCAAGUACAAAAUCAUUUACAUUCUUUGUGAUCUGUAGAUAGCAAUGUAGUUUACAAUGUGAGUAAUGAGAGGAAUAACUCCUCAACAUAAAAUACAAUAAUUAAUUUUCUUAUUUAAGUAGCUCAUAUCAAGAGUAUUAUAAAUUUAUGAAGGCAAAUUCAUAACUGCUCAAGUUCCAAUAUGGAUGUGAAGUGGGGUGUUGAAUUCAUUUACAUCACAGAAGGCUAUUUUAAGACAAGAAGCUUGGGAAACUUGAAGAAAACAUUGAUGAACAGUGUUAGGCUAAUUCCGACUAACUUCAUUCAAUUUCAAUGAGGAGGAGAGCUAACAAAUGCAUGAUGCAAAAUAGAAAAAAAAUGGCAUCCUUUUUAUUGCAUGGAACAUGCAAAUACAGCCUGGAAAAUAGGGCCAUAUAAUUGCUUCUGGAGCCUAAAGCAAACAGCACGCAUGUAUCACAUAGAGGGCACAACAUUUUUUGCACAACCCAGCCCAACAAUGAGGAUCAAUAGCUUAACUGAUUGCUUGACUUUGUGAUCAAUUUGAUAUCUUCAAUUAGCUAGCUAGAACUUAUUGAAUGAGAGAGAAAGCUGACAACACCUAGCAUGAAAAUGGAAGUGUAUUCUUCAUCAAUGAGCUUGAAAGACAAGGCUUUGAAGGCAUGCAUUUAUCCUUGUUGAUUGUUGACUUUUCAGGUCAUUCAGAAUAACAGCAAACAUUAACUUUCCAGCUUACAGCUACGCUCCAAAGGAGGAUCAGAGGGACACAAGGUUGUUAGAUGAUUCCAUCUUCAUUCCAACUCUUCAACCGUGUCACUUCCUCUUUCAGAAUCAGCAUGAUGUAGAUUUUCUAUAGAAAAAGCAAUUGUGAUAGUAGGAGAGUUGUGGCAUCGGCCAAUCUCAGCCAGUAGAUACUCAAACAAACUUUGUAGUUAUGAUGUACCCUGUUUGUAUUUUUGCGGUUCAAAACCAUCCCAUUUUUAACAGUUGCAUUAGCUCAGAACCACUGUAUAUUUAAAUGAUGCUGAUUGCACAGAUGUAACUGGCUUCAAAUAGUUCUAGAUGAAAAAUGUAAUCUAUUUGAACAUGCUCCUACUUUUGGUAGAAGUGCUCCCAUUAGCUGCAUGCUCUGCAGCGCCAUUUAGAUAGCCAGUUCUUCUACCAUCUUCGAAUGGUAGUUGAGGUGGCUGUUAAAACCUGAUUUUCACUUCAACAGUCUCCCAAAGUAAGCAAAAGUGAGACUAACCAAGUUCUCCUCGAGUUUAAGUCAAGAGGGACUUACUUGUUUUGUCUCUAUUGCAAAACAGUUUUUCUUCUCCACAUUGUCUCCUAGAUUCGUGGGUCUCCCGGACGUACUUUUGAUGAGGCUUCCUCAGGCGUCUCAGGCAAAAGUAGACACAGGGCUGAUCCAUGCGAAUGAAUUCAACUCUGGAUGACAAUGCAGCGGGUCUUUAAAUCAGUCAGUAAAUCAAAGGUUGACCCUUGGAGAGGAAGAGCAUGUUGUCCCCUUCCAUGUGGCCUGUUGUCAAUCUUUUCCACAUGUCAAUUAUCAAAGCCACUGUGAAUGGAAACUGUGAUGAUAAGUCUUUUGGCUGACCGACUUCCUCAAAGGAUAAUACCAAUUCAUUUCAAUAUUCAGAAAGAUCAAAAAGAGCACCCGUCUUCGUAAAAAACAUCAACUUCAGUACACUUGGUAGGCUUUGGUCCAGUUCCUAAGUGAUAAUCACUGUUGAAAUUCUAUGUUAUUUUAAAUUAAAUACGUACUUCUACUUGAUUUGAAACAAGCAUCGAGCUUGAUUUUUAUGUCUAAUUUAAAGGAGUAGAAUUGACCUGGUUUUAUGUUCAAAGGAACUAAUUGAGUUAACAAUUGACAACUCUUAUCUCAAUUAACUUGAAAAGAAAUCAUAAUUUAUUCAACAAUGUUAUGAAAUUACACUGUUGUUUAGAAUUCCUCCAUCAAUCAUAGAAACCUGCAACAUAGAAUCGACAACAACAACCUCAGCAAUCCAUUACUCUGCUUGCAAAUACUGAACAACAACAACAACAACUAGUGAUCGCAACUGCGGCAUGUGGAAAACAAACACAAUGCUUUCCCAGCUGAGAAAAGAUGCAUUAAAUUGUAAUCAAUGUACGAACACACAGCAAUAUAGCCAGGCAAAUAGCUCAAAAAUGUCAACAGAUUUGUGGGGAAAAAAUACAUGGACAUUGUCAUUAUAAAAUUAUGUAGGGAUACAAAUUGUAAAAUUAUGAGCUAUACUUCAUCCACCUUCUCGAACAUGGAUAAAGAAUGCUUUCGAUGACAGCAAUAAAAUGUAAUUAUCAUAUUAAACUUUCUAUUCAGUUUAGUUUUAACUGAGUCCUAUUGAUGGGUUCACGUUCAUUUGAAUCAUUUGCUGGUUUUGCAUAAACAGUAACAGAAAAGAGCAUCACAAAAUUUCCAUUAAAGGGAAGAAAAGGAAGUAGAUUGAAGUAUCGGCUUAAAAUUUUUCUUUUCCUUGAAAUCUAAUAAUGUGCAAUUUUCAAUAAAGACUGUAUAUAAAUUAUCAACUUA